AUAUGGCUAGUCUUCCUUGCUAGUUGUCAGUCAGUAUGUCAGCGAGUUGUCAAAGUAUGUUAAAGGAAUUUGGUCUUUAAGUAUACGUCCUAUAGGAACUACUGUACAUCAAAUUUUGUUUAUUGAUUUUUCACUUGUAAAUUUAUUGUGCCAGCCAGAGGUGCCAGCUAUUCCGGAAGGGGUGGAUUUUUCAAGACAAAUUAUCAGAAAACUUGUAACUUGUAAUUUUAUUUAAUAAUCCAUUCAGUUAAGAUGAAUUUUUAGACCUUCCUUAAGUACAAAAGUGAAAAAAUCAUAAGCUAAAAUGUCAGCUGCUGGAACACCUUCAACUGACCCUUGGGUUAUUCAGGCUCGCGAAAGAGCAAGAUAUGAAGAGCAAUUUAAAUCUUUAAAACCAAAUAAUGGAAUUAUUACGGGAGAUCAAGCGAAGGGGUACUUGCUACAAAGUCAGUUGCCCCCUGUAGUAUUAGGACGAAUUUGGUCUCUUGCAGAUAUGGAUGCUGAUGGUAAAAUGGAUAUAAAUGAAUUUUCUAUAGCUUGUAAACUUAUAAACCUGAAGCUCCGCGGUUUUGAAGUACCUAAAGAACUGCCUCCUUCCCUUUUAGUAUCUCUUGGAUCUCUUGCUACACAAACACCACCAGCAAUUCCACCACUUCCUAAUCCAGCUCUAAUUAGUCAUCCACCAGCUCGACCUGAACCUCCAAGGGUAGCACAAGUAACAUCUCUACCCCAAAAUAUGCCAUAUAAUCAAAGUCUUAUUUCUACAAGUCAACCUGUUAUUCCCACACAUCCAUUAAUAGGUGUUACCCAACCAUUGAUAUCGGUAAAUCAAACUCCAUCUGCUGCUGUUCAUCAACCCCUAAUUAAUGCCACAGCUCCACCUUUAGUUCAGGGUCUAACUGGUAUAAUACCAAAUACAUCUCUAAAUGCAGGCAUAGGAACUGUGAGUCCACUCCCUCCAGUAAGUAGUGUUCAAGCUGUAAAUUUAAUUGGAGGAGCAGUUUCAAGCAGUGGUUCUAUAAUUCCUACAGGAGUAGUGCCACCAAUGCAAGCCAAUAUUCCACCAUUAGUAGGAAGUGUUCCUCCUUUAAAUUCCAAUAUUACAAAUACUGUUGGAUUGCAGGGAGUUACUGGUUUCAGUUCACAGCCUUCAGUAAUGAUACCAAACUUAACAAACACAGGUAUUGCACCAUCCAGCCCUCCAAUAUCAACUGGUGUUAUUCCAAAUGUUGUUCCAUCUGGUCCAGUAUCCCCAGUAGGUUCUAUAGGAGCAUCAAGUAUUCCUACUGCAGGUCCAGGAGCAACCAGCACUCCUAGAGCUAGUGUAGCUAGUUUAGACAGAACUGCAUCAAUUGAAUCUGGGCUUGGUGCUGAUUGGGGUGUACCGCAUCAAACCAAGCUGAAAUACACCCAAAUCUUCAAUACAAUGGAUCGAACCAGGAGCGGAUUUUUGUCUGGCGCCCAAGCUCGAAAUAUAAUGGUACAAUCUAAAUUGCCCCACGCCGUUUUGGCUCAAGUUUGGGCUUUAGCCGACAUGGACACUGACGGGCGAUUGGGAUGCGAAGAAUUCGUUUUAGCUAUGCACUUGUGCGAACAAGCGCAAGCCGGAGUCGCCCCACCUGCCAAGUUACCACCUGAUUUAAUUCCGCCGUCCUUUAGACGGCCGACCAGAACCGCUUCCGUUUCUAGCCAGGGCAGCAUCGUUCAUCCUGAUCAGGAUCCAGCCUCAACUCUGCAACAAACAUCCUUUGAAGAUAAACGAAAAGAAAACUACGAGAAAGGCCAGGCUGAAUUAGAGAGAAGACGCAAAACCUUAAUGGAUCAACAACGAAAAGAAGCCGAAGAACGCGAAAGGAAAGAGCGAGAAGAGCAAGAAAGAAAGGAAAAGGCUCGGCAAGAGGCUGAAAGAAAGCGGAUGGAAGAAUUAGAAAAAAUCAUGAGGGAACAGCAAGAAAAAGAAAGGCUUUUGGAAGAAGAAAGAAAACGGCAAGCCGAACAACGAGAGGCAGCACGCAAAGAGAUGGAACGUCAAAGACAGUUAGAAUGGGAAAAGCAACGCCUCCAAGAACUACAACAGCAAAGACAAAGAGAACAAGAGAAUGUUUUAAAGUUAAAGGCUAAAAAUCAGAGUCUCAGUAUUGAGCUAUCGUCAUUGAAUGAACAAGUCAGGGAACUAUCUCAGAAAAUUUGCGAUACCCGAAUAGGUGUAUCUAACGUUAAAACAACUAUUGAUGGAAUGCGUAGUACACGUGACACGCAAAUGCAAGAAAUGUCUCAACUUAAAAAUAAAUUAAAGGACCAGAACGCUAGGUUAUUAGCGUUGUCUCAAGAAAAAGUAAAAUUAGACGCUAAAAAUAAGAUUAAUACACAAGAUUCUGAACAAGCAAAAUUGGCAUUUGAAAACAAAGAAAUAGUGAUUAAGAAUUUGAAGGAAAAAAUGUCUGAUAUGCAAGCUCAGAUUGAUUCAAAAUUAUCAGAUAUUGAGAAUAAUAAUAGUCAGUUAACCGAUUUGAAAUCGCAAAUGAAUAAUCUUAUUUCAGAUUGUGAAGCUUUAUAUAUUACUUACGAAGAGAAACGAAAUAAGGUUCUGGAUUUAAAAAGUCAGUCAAGAACCACGGAUUAUAGCGACGCAUGGAAAGGUAAUGACGACGCAUGGGGUACAAAUACUAGUUCAGACUGGCCUGUCGACAAUAAUUGGGGUGAUAACACUGUGCCGCCUGAUAUCGAAAGUAUACCGGGCGUUCACAAAUACAGGGCUAUAUACGAAUUUAAUGCAAGAAACAACGACGAAAUAUCGUUUCAACCUGGCGAUAUUAUACAUGUACCAGAACAACAAACCGGAGAACCUGGUUGGUUAGCGGGAGAAAUUGGAGGCCAUACUGGAUGGUUUCCCGAAUCUUAUGUUGAGCCUGUUGAUGGGGUCGGUAUUAGUGGGGCUAGUGCAGGUACACAAGUCACUCAAGAGCAACCUGCAGAAUUGGUUGUAGGUUCUACAAAAUUAGAAAGUGUUAGUGCCGCUAAUGAAGUUUCUGAAGAGCCUGUAGUAACUGAGCCAGCAACUAAUACAGUGCAACCUGAAGGAGAACCAGAGUAUUAUAUUGCCAACUAUCCAUAUCAAUCUCAAGAACCUGGAGACUUGACCUUCAAUGCUGGUGACGUUAUAGCAGUUUAUAAGAAAGAUGGCGAUUGGUGGACAGGAAAACUGAAUGAGAACUGUGGAAUAUUUCCGAGCAAUUAUGUUCAGCUAGUAGAUAAUGAUUCUUCGGCAAAAGUUCCAUCGCAAGCUCCAAUCUCCAAUGAUAUAGCUGCAUCUACUGGAGUGUCAGCCGCGGAAGUCAAAUCUGCUUUAGAAAAUAUGAGCAGCGCUAACACAGUUGAUAACGAAGUUUCUCAAAUUAACGAGAACAAAGCUACUGAAAAGCCACUCGAUGCUUCGAUUACCGCUAAUGCCCAGGUUUUAAAAGGCAAGAAGCCAGAAAUAGCGUCAGUCAUAGCACCCUAUCAAGCGACUAGUCCAGAACAGUUAUCGCUAGCUCGUGGUCAGCUUAUAAUGAUUAGGAAGAAAACUGAUUCAGGUUGGUGGGAAGGGGAAUUGCAAGCUAAAGGAAGAAAAAGACAAGUGGGGUGGUUCCCUGCAAGUUACGUUAAAAUUUUAAACAGUUCUGGAAAGAUCAGCGGAAGAACUACACCAGUUUCGACCUCAAGAAUGCAACAAGAAGUUGUAAUUGAUAAAGUAAUAGCCCUUUAUCCUUAUACCGCUAUCAAUCCCGACGAAUUAAGCUUUUUAAAAGAUGACAUCAUAAAUGUAACAGCUAGAGAGGAAGAGGCUUGGUGGCGAGGAGAAUUGAACGGGGUCUCAGGAUUAUUUCCUAGCAAUUACGUUGCUCCAUUGCAACAAAACCAAUCAUCUUACGAAGAAAAGAACCGACUAGAAGCUAUAAACGAAUUAAUAAAAACUGAAACUGCUUAUAUACAAGAUAUGUCAAUUGUUCAUGAAGUUUUCGAGAUCCCGUUAAGAAAAAGCAAAGUGGUUUCUAUAAAGGAAAUUGAUGGAAUAUUUGUUAACUGGCGGGAUAUACUACAGUGCAAUCAAAACUUUUUGGAUGAUUUAACUAAAGUUCAGUAUAGUCGAAGUAAUACAGUAGGUGAUGUUAUAUGUAGACACUUACCGAGAAUGACCGCCUAUAUAACAUUUUGUGGAAAACAAUUAGAUAGUGCCACUUUGCUGCAACAACUUACAGAGUCGUCAACAGCAUUUAAAGAAUUUUCCAAAAAAUGCCAAAGCAAUUAUAAAACUAAAGGAAUGCCAUUGUCUUCGUUUUUAUUGAAACCUAUGCAAAGAAUAACUAAGUAUCCUCUACUUAUCAAUAAAAUUUUAGAAAAUACCGAUGUAAAUCACCCAGACUAUAAGUUGUUAGAAGAAGCAUUGAGAAUAUCGGAGAAAUUUCUCAAUUCUGUUAACGAAAAUGUCAGACUUAAGGAAAAUCAGGAGCGUAUGGCAUGGUUGCAACAAUACGUCCAAAACGAAUUAAAUUUGAAAUUCGAUAGUUAUACGAAUAAGUUAGGCCCUAGACAGUUACUGCAUUUUGGAACAUUUACAAAAGUCAAAUCGGGCAGAGAUUUAUUAGGAUUUCUUUUUAAUGACUUGUUUAUGUUGGUACAACCUAGUAAAAGUAUUAGCAGCCAGUUUACAUUCCAAAGAAAUUAUAACAUUAUAUACAAAAUGUAUAAACAACCUAUACUUAUUCAGUUUCUAUCUGUAAGUAGAGAAAGUACGGACAGUGUUGAAUACGGCACCGACUCAAAUAGAGUGGUUAAAAUUCAUGACGAGAAGACGGGUUAUAAAAUAUUUCUUUUGGCAUCUACAGUACAUGAAUGUAGUACAUGGACCAAGAAAAUUGAAGCUGCUAAAGAGACAUUUCAGAAAAUUGAUAAUUUAAAUAAACAAAAUAAAAGAAAAACCCUUUAUGUCAUGAACAAGUGUUUAACAAUAACAAUACAAGAAGCUAAAGAAAUUCAAGUCAAAUGUACCCCUCAAACCUGUAGCUAUAAGCGCAAAAAAGGUAAAUCCCACACUGAAAGCGUGUAUUGCAAAGUGACAUUAGGAAACCAAGAACAAGAGACAAACUUUGCGAAGGACAGCUUUAAUAACGGCAACAUUUCUCAAAAUGGAGCUCCACAAAGUCCUUGUUUUAUAUGGGAUUGUAGUAUGCAGUUUCAACUGCGCAACAUAAAUGAAGAAAUUCUCACCUUUACAGUUUUAGAACAGAAUCUUUAUAGUCUUGAUGUAUUUUUAGGUAAAGCUGAAUUAAAACUUAAAGACAUCUACGAAGAAUCCCAAAACACUAACGGACCAAUUACUAAAAAACUACUUUUGCAUCAAGUAGAAUCUGGCGAAAUAACUGUAAAACUUGAUUUACAUAUAUUUAAGAAGUAUUAACUUUUAUACAAUUGUUAAAAUUAAGCUCUUGUACGGUUACACUUUAUCUCUCGGUCAUUGAGACUCUUUGUUUACAAUUUAUUAUGAAUGCAUUUUAUAUUUUUAAUGUUGCGAUAUACCUUCAAUUUAUUAGUAUUAUAUUAUUUAUAUAUAGUUAUGUAGUAUUAUUUAUAUUUUUAUACUGAUUUGCGAUAAAGGAAAUCAGUUUGGUUGAUUAAAACAAAUUUGCUCAAAACUGCCAAAUAAAAUUACAUUUUUAUCAAACAUUUUCCAAAUUGAAAAAUAUCGUGAAGUAACUUUUCUAUGUGUUUUUUGCCUAUGAUUAGAUUCUAUUUAGACAAUAAUAGUACCCUUAAAAAUAUGUAACUAUAGAAAAAUAAAAAGCUGUAAGUAAUAUUAUUGUUUCUGAAACAACUUGUUAUUAAAGUAUUCUUCUAAAAUAUUGUAUAAGGUACCAUGUUAAAAAUAUUCUUUUUUUCUGUCUGAUGUCUUAGUACGCCUGUUUUAAUGAAAUGCUUCAUUUGUAUACACUCUCACUUUGUAAAAAGCUUUAAGUAAGUAGUAGUACCAGUCUAUAUAUCUAUUAUACUAUUAUACUAGCCCUGGUCACUUCAUCUGCAUGGUCUGUAUUUUAAUGUAUGCGACAGAGAUAAAUAUAAAUGACCGGUCGA